UGAGCUCCAUCAAGUGCUGCUUCAUUUGCUGUGUGUUCGUCUUCAUGUCUCUUUCCCCUCCUGCUCUCUGCUCAAACAUGGCUUCCUGUUUGUCCCAACACGGCAUAAACAACUUCACCACUUUCCCCACCACCGAAAACGAGUCCACACAGUACUAUGAGCUGCUCAACUCCUCCAUCCAUAAUCUGCGGUUCUCGGGGCCCGGGGUCCCCAAGCCGGUUGUCAUUAUCUUCCCGGAUAGCGUCGAGCAGCUCAAAAGCAGCGUCGUGUGCUGUAGGGAAGGCGCUUGGGAAAUCAGAGUGCGGUGCGGCGGGCACAGCUAUGAAGGGACUUCGUGGGUGGCCACUGACCGAGCCCCAUUCGUGGUCAUCGACAUGAUGAAUCUAAACCGGGUCCGCGUGGACCUUGCCACCGAGACGGCGUGGGUCGAAGGCGGGGCCACGCUGGGAGACACCUACUACGCCAUUGCGGAGGUGAGCGGCGUCCAUGGGUUUUCGGCAGGGUCGUGCCCAACCGUGGGAGUGGGUGGACAUAUCAGCGGUGGCGGAUUCGGGCUGCUGUCGAGAAAAUACGGACUAGCAGCAGAUAAUGUGGUCGAUGCGCUCCUUGUAGACUCAAGGGGGCAGCUGUUGGACCGCAAAGCCAUGGGGGAAGACGUGUUUUGGGCAAUCCGGGGCGGUGGCGGCGGCCUCUGGGGGAUCAUCUAUGCCUGGAAGAUCAAGUUGUUAAAUGUGCCACAAAAAGUGACAGGCUUCAUAGUCUCCAGGCCAGGAACGAAACACCAAGUAGCGAAGUUGGUGGACAAGUGGCAACACAUUGCACCUAACUUAGAAGAUGACUUGUAUUUAUCAGCUUUCGUAGGUGCUGGUUUGCCAGAGAUGAAGACAACAGCAGGGAUUUCAGCCACUUUCAAGGGCUUCUUUCAGGGUCAUAGAACUGAAGCUCUCUCUCUCAUAAGCCGAAAGUUUCCGGAGCUCGGCAUCGAGGAAGAAGAUUGCAAGGAAAUGAGCUGGAUAGAUUCGAUCGUGUUCUUCUCGGGGCUCGGCGAUGGAAGCCCCAUUUCGGACUUGAAAAACCGGUUCAUAGACUACAAGUACUUCAAAGCCAAAUCGGACUAUGUGAGGUCUCCAAUAUCCUUGAGUGGGAUCAUGGAAGCCCUGGACAUACUUGAGGCAGAGCCCAAAGGGUAUGUGAUCCUGGACCCUUAUGGAGGAAUCAUGCGCAACAUAAGCAGCGAAUCCAUCGCUUUCCCGCACCGGGAAGGCAAUUUGUUCACGAUCCAGUACCUCGUCGAGUGGCACGAGAACGACAACGAGGGAAGAGACGGGUACCUGAAAUGGAUCAGAGGGCUGCACGACUCGAUGACGCCCCAUGUCUCGAGCGGUCCGAGGGUAGCUUAUAUCAAUUACAUGGACCUCGACCUUGGAGUGAUGGGGCUGGUUGAUCCUAGCGCUGGUAACGACGAUGCAGUGGAGAUCGCCAGGGUCUGGGGUGAGAAGUACUUCCUGGGGAACUAUGAGAGGCUUGUGCGAGCCAAAACGAAGAUCGACCCUCUCAACGUGUUCAGGAACCAGCAGGGGAUUCCUCCCAUGUCUUCGGGUGGCGGCGGUACCGGAACGGGAGGUCACGACAUGGCGAAAUGAGGGCGGUAACAUUGUGGGAGGUGAAGGAGAAAUGAAGAGAUUUUGUUAAUGGUGAUCUGCUGCACAUGCGUGUCCUACGUGGGAUAGGAGUUUUCUGUUUGCAUGAGGUUUGAGUCUUGUGGGUGGUGGCUACUGGCUGUUAUGCUAUGAGUCUUGCGUGGCUUUGAACUUGAGA